AACAUUGCCCAAUCCCCAAAGCAAUCCCCUCGCUGCCCCCGGUCGCUCCCAUGAGCACGCCUCGCCGUUGCCGCAUCUCGCCGGCGGCGUAGACAACGCCAUUCUCCCCGCCGACUAGUUGAUCUGCCCCAGACUAGUCCUCCCAACCGACCAAAUCACCCAUCAAAAAAACACCGGGAGGAGUUGCGCUGCUAAGCCUACCAUGAGCACGAGAGGGGAGAUGUCUACCCCUGGCUGCCGCCGCACCUCCCCGCCGCCUGCCUCUCUGCCAGACGACGACGACAUGCUUCGGGAGGUUCUCCUCCGCCUGCCCCCGCGGCCUUCCUCCCUGCCCCGGGCCUCCCUCGUCUGCAAGCGUUGGCGCAGCCUCGUCGCCGAUCCCCAAUUCCAGUGCCGCUUCCGCGACCACCACGGCAAGCCUCCUCUCCUUGGCUUCUUCCUCGAUUCCCGUCCGUUUGUUCCGAUUCUGGAUCCACCAGACCGCAUCCCCGAAGCUCGCUUCUCCAUGCCUCCCCUCGAGAGCUACCGCAUCAUCGACUGUCGCGACGGGCUCGUCCUUUUCCUCGCCCACAGGAUGAUGCGCCGCUUGGUUUUAUGGAACCCCGUCGCGCGCGAGCAGCGCCGGCUGAUCUUCCCGCCGGAGCUGGACAACGCCCAGAUGUUCUUCUUCAACGGGGCGGUGCGUCGCCCUGCCCGCCGCCAAGGAUGGCAUUUCCAGGUGGCCCUCAUAGCCCGUGACACACUAUGCACAAGAGUUUCGGUAUGGCUUUACUCAUCAGAGACCGGGGCAUGGGGCAACAUCAACUCACUGCAGCUGCAAUCGAUUCAGUCUAUGCCACAGCCCAGCACUUUGAUUGGGAAUUCCUUUUGCUGGUUAUUUACCGUGGGUCAUGGCUGUGUCAUACUUGAGUUUGAUCUUGAUAGGCAGAGCCUAGCUGUGACAGAGCUGCCACCACACACAGAUAUGGAAGCCGACUUUCACAAGUUAUGGAUUAUGCCCUCCCAGGGUGGUGGGCUUGGCUUCAUCCAUCUCUCACAAUUCCACGCUCAAUUAUGGAAGAGAGAGCCUGAUUCUGAUGGUUUUCCUGUAUGGGUGCCCGACAGAGCUGUUGAAUUCGGGGAACUUAGAUCAACUUGCAAGGGCGACUUCCUCACUUUGGUUGGGUUUGACGAGGAGAGUAAUGCAAUCCUUGUGCUGACAGCUUCUGGUGUCUUCAUGGUCUACCUCCAGUCAAUGGAGUUCAAGAAACUUUCUGAUCCAAAGUCCUUCUGUCACCAUUAUCCAUUUGCAUGUUUCUAUCCUGCAGGAAUAAUGUUAUGGUAAUAUUCAGCACUGGACCGCAGUUCUCUUGACAAUGUGACACAUAACAGUUAAAAUUGGAAGAUAACUUAAUGGAAGUUGAGACCCAAACAACCGAAUAUGCAACUCCAUCGACACUUUUCGGAGCUUAAAGCUAGUUACACUCUUUCAUUUGGAAGCUGAAACCAAUUGAAUAAAUUUAAGUUCUUGUUUUGUUGAAUAUCUUCCUGAAGUGAGGAGUCCGUUUGCACUAGAGAUUAAAUAAUUUUUUCAUAGCUCAGUGUUAUUUUUCUCAGAUUACAUAACUAUGCACCUCUCAGUUCAUCUAGAUAUCCCAUUGUAGUUCGCUCUUCUAUCGAUGGCUUUCCAUUGGAAUUGUCAU